AUGGCAUAUUUCACAUUGCAGGGUAGUAAGAUCUUGUAUCACUAGCUCCAAUGAGUUCUUUAUUACUUUUUCUGAAACAAAAAGGUCGUCCUUGCCGCAUAAGGCGUGAUUUUAACGAGAAAAAGAGCGCUGCAAGAAUACGAGUUGCUUGAGGGCACACGCCGAAUUUGGUGGUAAAAAGCAUACCCAUCGUCCUUGUAGGUCCCUUAAUAGUGUUCGAAGAUAACUGAACCAUGUCGCUUACUCAAGGAGACUGAGAAAACUUUAGUUAUUUUAGGUGAUCAGAAAGUUUUGUCCACCAAUUUUUGAAAAAACCUGCAUAACUCGCCUAAGGACAGAGACACGAAAAACAAUUUUAUGUGGCACAUUCUGUUUGUCAUGACUAGUAUACAUACAUGCCAAGUUUCAAAGCGAUUGCAUUAUAUUGACUUGAGAUAUGGGUGGUUAGAAAUUUAUGUCCGGGAGUAUAUUACUUAAUUGACCCUAACAAACAAUAACCCUACAGUGCCGGACCUGGUCCAGGGGCAAAAAACGUACCAUUUUGCAUCCGGGAAGUGUCAAAAAUAUAGCAAAAUACAUCCCUCCCCAAACGAAAAACUCCGAUUUCGAAACGCGCCUUUCAAAACGGAGUUUUUUAUUUGUAAAGGGAGGCAUUUUGCCAUAUGUUUUGAUACUUCCCGGAUGAAAAAUGGUGCGUUUUUUGCCAGUGGAUCAAGUCCGCCACUGUAACUAGAAACUCCAAAAGCAAUUUAAAACAAUCCGAGUCCCUCAAUCUCUUGCUAUUAUGUUCAAGUAAAUAGUCUCUGAAGCUGCUUCCAAUAUAACCAUUCCUUUAAAAAUUUCCAGGUCUCGACGCCGAAGAGCUCCAAUAUUAUUCUCGAGGAGUCCUCAAUCCGAAACGCUCAUAUUAUGAGCGAAUCAACCACUCGGUGAAUCUUGUGGGAUGGGGAGAACAGAACGGAACACCUUAUUGGAUCAUGAAGAACAGUUGGGGUCGUCAAUGGGGAGAGAAUGGAUUCGCUCGGAUUAAGAGAGGAGUCGAUGCCUUCAAGGUCGAGAGCUAUGUUCAAGUCGCUACUGUGUAG